GUUUGGCUGGUAAAUGGAGGAAAACCAAUCGGGAAAGUUUGUUCCUUUUCCGGGAAAGUAAAUUACUUGCACUCGGAAGUUUCUGUUUUUGAUUCACUGAAGAACACUGGCGUUUCCUUGUGGUGUUUUUAAUUUGGUUUCCAUGGAUGGGGAUUUUUGGGGUUGCGAGCUCGGCUGGUAAUUAAAUGCGAAAGCAAAGGGCAAUAAAGAAGAAAGAGAUUUUAGGUUGAGAAUCUGCGGGAGGCCAUGCCCUGUUGACGAAGUUCAGUAUCUUUUAGCUGAUAAAAACGUUCUGAGGGAUUGGUUCUCGAAGAUAAUAGCCCCUGCUGUCUCGAAGAAUUCCCCUUGUUACCCGAGAUUUAUGUCGUAAACGAUGAGAGCAGAUAGCGAGCUUGUUUUUGGUAACUCGGUUGAGUGUCUCGAAGGCGAUACCAAGCCUCAUCAACUCUCUGAAAACAAUUGGGAGGGCAAGGAACUGAAGAUCCUGAAAAACGGGAAAGGUAACGCACAUGCUUGUGAGUUGUUCUCUGACACGAAAGGCAAUAAAUUGGAUGGAGAAAAGGAUGGAAACUUGUCGGGACAUCGUUCUUCCGAGUGCUUAAGUGACAAGAUAAAGGAAGCUGGUGAUCCGGGAAAAGGGGAUUCUCUCGGGAAGGAAAGGUCGGUCUUCUAUAUGGACAAAAACGUUAUGGACUGCGACUUGCCUGAGAUAGUCGCUUGUUACGAGGAGAAGACUUGUCAUGUCGUGAAGGAUAUCUGUGUCGAUGAGGGUGUGCCUCUGCAGAAGUUCUUGUCCAAGAAGAUUGAUUCUGAUCAGUUUGGAUCAGAGGAUUCGAUGGAAGCAGAAGUAAAUGUGGAUGUUCUUACUGGCCCGAUGACGGGAAACUUGGAAUCUGAAUCUCUAGACAUUGGUCCCGUCAAAGCCGAAGAAGAUUCCGACUUUUGUAAUGCUUCUAUUUCUGGUUCCGAGAUCUUGACAGCAGACAAGAAGUCGGAAGGGGAAGUUAAGGAUGAUGCUAACUACACUAUAGUAAAGGAUAUGCCCGCAUUAGAUGCGCCCGGAAUCUCUCCGGAAAGCAACUCUGACAGACAUAUAGGUGGUCGGGGCGAGUCGGAGGAUUUGUCGGAGAUGGAAGAAGUUAAGACAGGAGGAAUCUCCGGUAAGGAAUCUUUAACUCUGGCAGAUGUUAUGUCAAUGGAGGAUGGCGAGAAGAAGCCUUUCAACCGCAAUUCCAAUGGACCCGAAGAACAAUCUUCUCAGGAGUCAAGGGGGAAGAGAAGCUCGGAAACUGCAACUCUUGCACCAGAGGUUGAUGAAAUGGAUGACUCGAAAACCGUCGAAGCAUUGUCAACUGUAAUGGCGGACGCAGAGGCUUACGAGACCGAGAAAGCGAAAAACGGCGAAGAAGAAACCAGCAGCUGCAUCGAGAACGCGGAAGUGACGGUUCAUUCCUUGGGUUCUACCUCCCGAGAAGCGACGAAAACCACGAGAACCGGCGAGCCUCAAAGGUCUGAAUCUGAGAGCUACGUUUCUCGACACAAGUUCACGCUAGAGGACCCUACGGAUCAUCCAUUCCCGAGCGGCAGCGGUAUUGGAGAGACGAGUUUCUCGGCGGCAGAGCCAGUUUCAGGGCAUAUAACCUACUCCGGUCCGAUCUCGUUUUCCGGUAGCCUCUCCGUUCGUUCUGAUGGAAGCACAACCAGUACACGCUCUUUCGCCUUCCCCGUAUUGCAAACGGAAUGGAACAGCAGCCCUGUAAGAAUGGCGAAAGCCGACAGAAGACAUCUCCGGAGCCAGAAGAGUUGGAAACAUUCACUUCUUUGCUGUCGAUUCUGAUCAAUUUCUUCUUCUUCUUCUUUUUUUUUUUAAAGAACUUAUAUCAGUUGCAGGGGAAGAGUUCUUAAUAAUUACAGAUACGAGGAAAAAAAUGUUUUUUUUUUUUAUAUUAAUUAUUAUAUUGGAGUAAAUAUUUUUGUGUAUGGGUACGGUGUGUAAUGGGCUAUUAUAUCAGGGCUCGUUUUGCAGUCAA